AUGAAGAGAUUUUUCUCUCCUAUAUCCUCCAAGUUGCCACAAUCAAGUUCAUCCGCUCAAAAUGCUCCUCAGGUGGAAGAAAACUUGAACCAAUUAGAAGAAACUCAUCAUUCCGCUAAAAGAUUGAAACAAGGGGUAGAUUUGGAUUCUUUACCGGCAGAUCCAAAGAAAAGAAUACCCACUCGAGACUAUCAUCCGGAUGAACAUGAAAGCAUUCAUCAAGGUGGAGGUGAAACAUUUUCAAGUAUAGGGUUCAGGAGUUGGCACAAAAAGAAAAGAUUAGAUACGCAUAUUGGUAAGUCAAACAGUGUUCACAAUCAGGCAAAGAAGAAGUGUGAAGAUCUAAUGAGACAAGAACAAUCAAUUCAAGCCGCAUUUGUUAAGCUAUCAAAUCAAACCAAGCUUGAGCACAAAAUUCGCUUAAAGGCUUCAAUUGAAGUGGCGAGACUUCUCUUGAAUCAAGGAUUGGCAUUUCGUGGACAUCGUGAAGAUGAAUCAUCACUAAACAAAGGUAACUUUCUUGAAAUUCUUUCAUGGUAUGCGAAGCGGUGUGAUAAAAUUGAUGAACUUGUGUUGAAAAAGGCUCCAAAAAAUGACCAGAUGACUUCUCAUAAAAUUCAAAAAGAUAUAGUCACUGCAUGUAAGCUUGAAACAAUUAAAGCUAUUAUGGAGGAUCUAAACGGUGACUAUUUUUCAUUGUUAGUUGAUGAAUCUUGUGAUAUAUCACGUAAGGAGCAAAUGGCAAUUGUUUUGCGUUAUGUUGAUAGAAAGGGGUCUGUGGUGGAAAGGUUCAUAGGAAUUAUUCAUGUUCAUGAUACUAGUGCUUUAUGUUUGAAAGAAGCUAUUGUUAACUAUCUUGCGCAACAUUCUUUGAGUUUAUCUUUUAUACGGGGGCAAUGCUAUGAUGGAGCUAGCAACAUGCAAGGGCGUUUAAGUGGCCUUAAAGUUUUGAUUCAACAACAAAUGGGAGGUUCUUUUAAACAUAUGGAUGAACUUCGAGAAUCUCAAGAAAAAAAAGUUCAAGUGGCACUUGAUAUGGGUGAGGUUGAAAAUGGUAAGGGAUUGAAUCAAGAACUUGGUCUUGCUAGAGCUGCCAAUACUCAGUAG